GUUAGCAGACAGCAGCAGCAGCGUGUGCUGGAGCAUGGUAACUGGGGUUAAGAUGUGCUCUCCAAUCAGGACUGAAUUACUGCUUUGCUUGUUCCUACUCUCCCUGGUCGCAUUGGACUGCAAAUACACCCCAAGAGUGAUUCACCCUGCAACAGGUGAAGGUUAUGUUUGCUACGAGUUCCCUAGACCACAGGAACACAUUGUGUUUCUCCACGGGCAAGAGGAUGGAACUCUUUAUGUUGGUGGCCAAAACAUGCUUUUCAACAUUAACUUCAACUCGCUAAAUCAAUCCACAGUGAUUCCUUUCCCAUUGAAAGUCUCUACAGGCUAUAAGGAGAGGUGUGACGUUACAAUCCUGCACAGAUAUAACUUCUCUCAUCUGUUUGUCUGUGGAACGGACGGUGAGACCCCUCAGUGCUACAUGAUGACAGACACAUGGAAUUCAUCUGAAAAGGUUAGCCCUGCUGGAAUUUCGCCAUUUUCUACAACUGAAAAAGCACCGUCCCUGUUUGUAGAGGGAGAACUUUACAGCACCAGUAGGCUUUACAAAGAAGGAAAUGGCAAAGAUCUACGCAGAAGUUGGGGGGAAAAGAAAAAGGUUUGGAUGCAUGACAAAUCAAAGAAAGAUCCAAUUUAUAUUGCCAUAACAUCAGUGAGCAGGAAGGAGGAUCCGUUGAACGAUAAAAUCUACACGUUCUUCCAGGAGAAGAAUCCCGAUACCAGUCCUGAUGCUGAUCCAUGGAUCUCCCGGGUCGCUCAAGUCUGCAAGGUGGAUCAGGGAGGCAGCAGGAGUAUACUGCAUAGCAUGUGGACGUCGUUCCUAAAAGCACGGCUGGCAUGCGGGGUUCCCUCUGAGAACAUGUUCUAUAAUCGGCUCCAGGAGGUGUAUGUGCUGCAUGCGGAGAACUGGGCGGACAGCAGGGUCUAUGGGGUCUUCUCAAGUGCCUGGAACAUGACAGCCAUCUGCAUCUACUCUAUUAAGGAGAUUGACAGUGUGUUCACCCACUCCCAGUUUCAAGGUUAUUCAGGGGUAAUUCCAAACCCCAGGCCAGGAACAUGUGUUAAUAACAGUCAGACAUUGAAAGAAAAUGUUUUAAAGUUGGCAAAAGACCACCCAGAGAUGUCAGAUUGGAUUCAGCCCAUUGUCAAAGCAGCUCCCUUUAUGAUCAGUGACCACCGCUACAAGAAGAUCCAAGUGGACAGAGUCACAGUCCCUGGUCAGAAACCACACAAUGUUCUACUGCUGGCCACAGAGAAUGGCUUGAUCCACAAGGUACUGGAGGUGAACUACAGUCCCUUCAUUAUUGCAGAGAUUCAUCCCUUCAAGAAUGAAUCUCACAUCCAGUCGAUGAUUCUUGACUCCACAACGAAAAAGCUGUAUGUGGGUUCUCAGUACGAGGUGGUUGAGAUUGAUCUGCAGAUUUGUGAGCAGUACGGCGACGGAUGCGAGCAGUGUAUUUUAUCUCGAGAUCCCUACUGCGGCUGGAGCAACAACAAGUGCACUAAAGCAGAACGUGGCGCUGUUCAGCAGGUGGAGGAUGGUGAUCAUAGCCAUUGUACUCAGAUUCCUAAAUUUGAACAUUAUCGAUCCCAGAGGGGAAACCCUGAAGACCUGCAGCUGAAAAGCAUUGCACCCCUGUCUGCCCCCUACUUCCUAUCCUGUCCCAUGACCUCCCAUCAUGCCUCAUACUCCUGGCACCAUAACAACAGGUCCAUUGACUGCCAGUUCAGCAAAUCGAACUGCCUCCACCUGAUUGAAAGAAUGACACCAGUCCUCUACGGAAAGUAUCAGUGCUUUGCUGUGGAAAAGGGAUACCAACGACUGGUGACAGAAUACACACUGGUGCCCAGUUCAGGAAGAACAGCGCUCAGCUCCAAGGUGCAAGUCCUGGGGACCAUCAUUCUGCUCAUGGUGCUCAUUCUCUGAAGAGGGAAGGACUGGCUGUGCUUCUGCUGCUGUACUCCUUUAACACCCACUGAAUUGAAGGGAAACUACCAACAGCACGUUUACAGGCAUUUAAAUUCGGAUUACUCAUUAAACAGAAUAUUCAGCAUAUGUCCAGUAGUAUGUGCCAGUAGUAUGUGGAAUACCAGCAGUCCCUUGUGCUGUAGGUAGCACACUGAUGGAAUUGCUAAAGAAGUGACAGACAUGCUAUUAGAAGUAGUGAAAGUAGAAUUUACAGUUACUUAAAAGAGAGAAAUAUAUAUAUAUAUAUUCACAUACUUCAAUUUUUGACAGCAAAUACAUAUUUGACUUGUAUUUUUCUUACAAGGUCUCCAUGACCUGUCCGUUCUUUAAAUGUUGCUGUUGAUUUAAAUCUGGUAGUUUAAACAUUUACAGAAAAUGUAAACCUGGCUUUGAACAAGCACCUUUAGUGAGCAGCUCA